UUAAAAAUUAAAUACAAUGCUAAAAUUAGUUCUUUGAUUAUCUAUUUUGAUAUCAUUAAGCUUAUGCUAUCUUUAUCCACAUCCAGGCAUUCAAAAAAGGUUGUACAGAGGUGCCCAAUUUCCAACUAGAUUCCGUCCGAGAAGUGCUGACAGAGCUUAUUAUCCUAUUGAACCGCAAACUAUCCCGGAGAAGCCGCAGAAACCACAGAAGCCUAAGAAGGCACCCCAGCCUAAGAGUGAUAACCAUUUUAUCAAGCCAGAUCGCUUAAAAAGAAAAACUGAUGACCAAUGUCUCCACCUAAAGUACCCUGAAGAAAAAGGUGAAGAUCUAGAAGAGACGUUAAAAAUCGAAGAUAGAAAUAUCAUUGUGACAGUUUGGUACGAGAACUUCCAAGACGAAUGGGAUCAGAAUAAGGUUAACCAAAACGUUCAGGGGACACUAUGGAAAUGUCUCUGUGAAAACCAUCCUGACAUUAUCUAUACAGAAGCAGAUAUCUCCCAUUACAAUAUUAAUGCAUACACUUAUAUUGACCUUGCAGACAAGAUGUCAAUCAACCUUGGAGAGUUACAUGACGGCCCAACUAUUGUAGUUAUGGUAGACCAAAAGGGAGAAACCUUCAGAGAUGGUACCAACCCUAGAAAGCUUCUGGAAGCUGUUGAAGAAGAGAUAAGAGAGGAGGAAAGGAAAUUAUAUGGAAAAGCUAACCCAAAAUGUGACUUUAGCUCCUUCACUCCUGCAGAUAACCACUAUACUCAUUUUGAUGCCCCUGAGAAACUGGAUAUGUACAAACCAUCUGAGAAGAAGAGUGAUAAAAAGACUAACAAAGGAGGAUCUAAGCCAAAAUAUCAGCUUUCAGAGCCUGAAAAAGCAUUCGGUUAAGCUAAAUUUUAACCAUAAAUUUUCAAUAACAG